AGGGGGGAGCGAGGGGAGGGGAGGGGAGGGGGAAUAUAUAAAUGAGGUGGUUGCUGCAGUGCCCGGUCGGGGACCGUCAGCAAAGGCAUUAGUGGAUCUAGCGAAGGGCACCGGCUGAUUAAUCCGCCUCCCGGCUCAGCUCUCGCCCAGGGUCAGCCGCCCGGAGCAUCUCUCCAGCCAAGUUCCCUCCGACAGCUGCUCCCUCUAAAGCUCGGCCGGCAGCGAUAAAGCCAAGGCGGAUCUUCACUUCCCCGCACCCCCUCCGGCCAUCCUUCAGCCUGCAGUGUCUCCACCACCACCACCACUCCGGCAUCAUGAUCCACGCUGGAUUUGGGGCUCUCCUCCUCCUCCUCGCAGUACAAGUAAUUUCACUUCCAGUAACGAAUCCAACACCUAAAGAUGACACCAAGGUGAUGAAGUGCAUUGCUGAGGUGAUUUCUGAUACCGUAUCAAAGCCAAAUCCACUCCCAAUCAGCCAGGAAUGUCUAGAAAUUCUCCAAGGAGAUGAAAGAAUCCGUUCCAUCCUUCGCCACCAAAACUUGCUAAAAGAACUUCAAGACAUUGCAAUCCAAGGAGCGAACGAAAGAACAGAACAGCAGAAGAAAAACAGCGGAUUUGAAGAUGAGCUUUCUGAAGUCCUUGAAAGCCAAAGCAACAAGAACGCAGAAAGAGAUCUAGAGGGGAUUCCCGAUGAAGAGCCCACUGCCUCCUUCGCCGAGCUAGAGGCAGAGAAGAAUCAGAAGGACAACGAAAGGGAUGUUCCCAAAGAGGAGGAGAGAAACGGCCUGGAAGAGAGGGAGCCAAGGGCUCAAGACCUCGACCCCGAAGCCGAGAAGGAAAAUGCGGCAGGAUUUGAGAGCAACGAGGUCGGCGAGGCCGAAGAAUUGCCCUGGGACGACGCUGUCGACAAUCACAUCCACGCUGACACCCGAGAGGAAGGGGUUCCUGCGCAGAGACACCAGGAGGAGGAAGACGCCGUGGAGUCAGAGGAGUUUGAGGAUGAGAAGGAGCACGUUUCCAAACACAGCCAAGAGGAAAGCAACGAGGAGGGAGAAGACAGUGUCAGAGAACAGGCUGAGGAAGAGGAGGAGGAAGAGGAGGAGGAGGAGGAGGGGGUAAAGGAUGAGGAAGAAGAGGAGGAAGAUGAAGAGAAAGAGAGAAGCACCUCUGAAGAGGAACAUCCUACCAGUUCUGAGGGUGUGGAGGAUGAAAGGCAAGAUGGUAACCAAGAAGCAAAGGGCUUUGAACGGGAUGAGAAGCCUUCAGAAGCAAAAGAGAAAUAUCACAGUGUGACGGGAGAAAGACAUCACUCUCUAGAUGAAACAAGGCAGGAUGAAGGUACCUCCCAUGCCAGGGAUGUUGAGAGUGAAGAAGCGGAAGAGGAACCCUCCAGAGAUGUAGAGGAUGCCAAGAGAUGGAACAAAAUGGAUGAGCUGGCCAAGCAACUGACUACUACGAAGCGUGUGGAGGAAAACGAAAGCAACGAAGACCCAGAUCGGUCCAUGAAGCUGGCGCUCAGAUCCCACAAGUAUGACUUCCACAACCCUGAAGAAGACGCAAGGACGCCACAGAAGCAUCAUUCAAAGGAGGAGAGCAGCGAAGGCAGCUUUCCACUUGUUCCCAUGCCAGGGGAAAAGAAGGACGAAGAAGGAAGUGCUAACAGAAGGACAGAGGGAAUUGCCAAGACACUGACAAGACACCAGGGAGGCAACCAGAAAACCUUGACAACAGUCGCUCAGGUGCCGGUAGCAGAACAAAAACCCUCGCCGUCAGCUCAGCAAAAAGACCAAGAGCUGGAAAGCCUGGCAGCCAUAGAAGCGGAGCUGGAGAAAGUUGCCCAUAAGCUGCAUGCCCUGAGAAGGGGCUGAUGACUUAACAACCUGUGACGUGAGCAAAAAGCCAGAAGUUUUAAUUCACCGUUUUAAACACUGCAAUUUAAAAAUGUUUUUAAAGGAGGAAGUAAUGACGGAGCUGGUGCAUUUUGCCUAGGACGCCAGUAUCACUAGAAAAACGGCCAUCUCUCUCUCUCCCUCUCCCUCUCUCUCUCUGUGGUAAUACUGAUCUUCAUCAUCUUCAUUAGCUUGUUGUUUGCUUUCAUGCUCGCUAUACUGGCUAUCGAUUUUCUCUUUUAACUUUUGGAUUACAGAAUCACAAGCAGUGUGACUGAACUCAUGUCAUUUCUGUUGAGAAAAAGGAAUCGGUUUGUCCUUUUCUCCCCUUCUUUUCUUUUUGACUCUCUCUCUCUCUCUCUCUCUUUCUCUUUUUUUUUUAAAAAAAGCCACGACUGCUUUCUAGAAUGUUUUACUCCUACCAUUAGGUUUACCAGAUAAAAUAACUCGCAAUAACUUGUUAUUCUUUUGAUUAAAAGAUGAGUGCUCUGACUGUAAUAUAUUCUAUAUAAAAAUUAAGGACAAAAGUAAACAUGCAACUUUG